AUAGAGCAGAAGAGGAUUUUUUGUUUCUGUCAAAGCAACUCGUGUAUUUUUUUCUUUAAUUGUGCUUCUAAAUUACCGAUAAACAUAAAAUGUUAAGGCAAACACUUAUAGUACAUAGCAACUUCUUUUUUGAUUUCCAUGUGUUUGACAUCAUUGAAAAGCUUAGAAAAAACUCAGAACGCCCCAAAUAGACUUGAUAAUAACAAUAAGUGACGAUAAGAGACUAAUAAUUUCCUUUCAGGUUGUAUAUAUUGAGUUGUUGUGUUAUUGUGGGGUAAUUACGUGAGUGUUUGUGAAAUUUAAGGUCCUGAAAAAGAGAAACGCUGCUUUAGUCCAGCGAUUUAAAGUUUCUCUGAUGAACUAGAACAUCUAAUAGUUUUUGGUGCAGUUAAACUUCUACUUUGAAUGAAGGCCAACGAUGCCAAGAUCAACUGAUGGGAAGAUACUGACUUCUAAUCUGGCGCCACAUAACCUGGUUGCAGAAUUGGAUGGACGGAUGUUCAUGUUAUGUAACAAUCAGCUUCAGCUGUAAGUUUUGUGUUUUUGCUCUCACUGAUCAGAUGGAAGAACUGAACGCCCCCAUGAUGACGCGGCUCUGGGUGUUUGCCAUCAGCCUUGUCCUGAUCUCCAUUUUUGGCAGAUGUGCAACGUGGACCAAGAGUAAAUGCUGCUUCAUAGCUUUUGCAGUCAUCAACGGCGUCGGAAUGGUUGUGAUGAUCGUCUUUGGGAUUAAUGUUGCUGUUUUAAAAAGCCAGGUCAUGGAAAGAGGUCGAAGUGCUGAAUUUGCCAAGGAGAUCCUGAAAAAUGACGCAAAAAAAGAUUUGCUAAAAACCCAACAAGAACAUCUUCACUGUUGUGGAUGGACUGGAGUCCAGGACUGGGGUUCAGACAUCCCUGACUCUUGUCACUGUAUAGACUGCAAACCUUCACAUGAAUGUAAACCCAGCCCACAGGGAUCCACCAGGCCAUCAGACGUCUAUUCCAAGCCGUGUGGAGAAAUCAUUGGAGCUGAUGUUGAACAUGUGGCAAAUAUUGUUCUCGGCAUCUUUUUUGGAUUUGCUGUAGCUGCUGUAAGUUUCUCAUAUUCUCUUGUUUUAAACUGUUAAAUGAUGUGGAACAAGUCAAAAGUAAAAUAUGACCAGAUAAAAAAAUAUCACAGCUACUGGAAAAACGUACAUAAAAAUGGAGGCAGAGCAGGAGUUCAUCUGACAAAUUGGACUGUGAAAAUAAACUCAGACCAUCAGGACCUGAGAACGUCUUCAUCUGUUUGAUUCCCCUGGAUUAAAAAAUAAAAGA